AUGUAUGUUGAGAUCGUCACAUCGAUCUUUACCGCACUGGCAAUUUUUACCGUCGCCCUCCGGCUAUACACUCGAUUCUUCCUAGUGAAGGGUGCCGGGUUGGACGAUUUGAUCAUAUCAUGUGCUUUGGUCUCCGAUUUGGCAUCCUAUGCCUGUAUGCUCGUUGAACGGGCAAAUGGCCUCGGAGUUCCCACAACAAGACUUUCUAGCGAACAAAUCGAGCGCCAACUAUUCUGGCUAUGGCUUUCCGUCCCUUUCUAUAACCUCGCCAUGAUCUUAGCCAAGAUCUCCGCCCUAACCCUCUUCACCCGCGUCUUCCAUCCCCGUUCCUUCCUUUUAGUCACCCGUAUCUUGAUAGGCUUCCUCGUCGUUGUAGGUCUAUGGACGACCAUCAGCGGCUUUAUCUACUGCAUCCCUAUCAGCCACUUCUGGAAUCCGUCUGCAGAGGUCCGAAAGGGACAUUGUCUACCUGACGGCCCUGUCUGGUUCACAAAUGCGGGAAUCCAGACUUUUACCGAUCUGGUAAUAGUGGCUCUUCCCCUGCCGCUAUUGUGGAAGUUACAGCUCCCGAAAAAACAAAAAUGGGGGAUGCUCGUGGUUUUCAGCCUUGGAAUAUUUAUUGUGGCCACUAGUGCCGGUCGCUUAUAUGAAUUGAAUAUAAUGGUCAAUGGAGGAGACUUUACCGAAGCAAAUGCCCAAGCAGCCAUGUGGUCUUCCUUGGAAGCAAAUAUAUCCAUCAUCUGCAUCUGUCUCCCACCACUCCACCCUCUCCUCUCUCGCGCCUUCUCAUUCUUCUGCCUCCCUCGACCAAUACGCCCAUCGGCAUCAAAGCGCAACUCUGCUAAAACUACGUUCAAAGAGCCUCUCCGCCGGGAUGACGGAAUCUGGUCUAACAAUCUCUUCAACCCCGCAGCAGGGGGUUACUCUGCUACUAUCUCCAAGGUCGAUACUAAUGAGGAAGGGUACGAGGAGGACGGGAUUCGUGUUGUGAGGGAAUUGAGGUUGCAGUCCGAUUCUAUUCCUGUUCCUUCUGCGACUGGUCCCCAUGCGGAUCUGGAGAUGGGAGAGGCGCCGAGGGGUAGUCUGUCGCAUGGGAAUCCACGCUCAACGUUUGAUAGUGAGAGGGAUUUCGGCGAUUUCGAGUUUCCUGACUACAAAGAUAAAAUGAAUGCUCCUCUCUGA